AUGUCUUCCCAGAGUCAACGCGUUAAUAAAGGUAUUUCCAGUCUAGUCCGCCGGCUACUGGUGGAAAUUCCCGACGAGGAUCCUUCUGAAGCACAGGAAAGGGAAAGCAAUGCUAUAGAAUUUGUUAAGGAGGUCUUGGAGAGUUCACGGAGUCCGGCUGUUGUUGCGGAUGUUAAUCAAGCUUCGGACCUAAUCAAGAAACGACUGCUACAAACAAACCCUAGCCCCGAGAAAGCUCUCCGAUUCACAAAUUUAUACACCAGGCUGCUCUCCAUUCCAGCCAUUAACCAAAAAUGGGCGGUGUUGUACUUUCUAUACCAACUUAGCGAUCAUCAACAGAAAUCAACCCCAGUAUUGACAAGUCCCUUCAAAAGUCCUGUGAAGAAUAGACGGGAGGGCAGAAAACUGGAUUAUGGUCCACCUAAAUCGCCAGAUUACGGCUCGCGGAGAGAUACCCAAGCGUUUGAAGAGGCUUUCGCACCAGAAGGGCUUAUGAAACUGCCAACACGAGAAGGUGGACAGAGAGACAGAAAAGAAGAGGAGCAGGCAUUCGCCAAACCUCCAGUUGUUCAACGGGAAAGCGUGGCGUUAAAAACCGCCUUACUGGCAGAUAAUUAUGUCGAAAUAGAUCCGCCAGAAACUGCCCUCCUCCGAGAUUUGCCUUUCACCCUCCAAGGGCUCUCUUCUACACAUCUACCAUUCUCCUCGAAUUCAAGCUUGAAAUUACCUCCUACCUUGCCAGUGCCUAUAGUGUCGAUUCUGCAUACCCUGGCCGAGCCAUCUUUGUUAUACAGAGGUCUAUCUUCCUUUGUUCAAUCAGCUGAUGGCGGUCUUCUGGGCCAAAGUCUACGAGCAGCCAUAUCAGGUGAACUCCGCUCAUAUCUCGGAUUGGUAGCGACUCUUGAGAGUCAGAUUCGUCGCACUCUAGUGUCUUUGGAUGAAAAAGAACCGAGAGGGGGCAUUGGCAAGGCUGGCGUGACGCUCAAAAGAUGCGUGGUCUGGACUCGUGAAGCGACCAUGGGUCUCCGCCUGAUGAGUCUGAUCAGCGAGGAAUCCAAAAGUAAACGAGGUGGACAACUCAUCUCACUCAUUCACGGAUUCUCGUCUUCGCAUGGUGAUCCUAUGGUUGGGGCGUUCGCAGAACGUCUGCUUAUCCAUGUCACUCGGCCAUUUUACAGUAUGCUACGGCAAUGGAUCUAUGACGGCGAGCUUUCUGACCCUUAUCAUGAAUUUUUCGUCUCGGAACGGGAUCCGAACGCCGUUACUGAGGCUCCAGACGGUAGAAGCCGCGGUGGAGCAAGCAGUGUCUGGGAGGAUAAAUACAAGCUUGAUGAAGACAUGGUUCCAAGCAUCAUCACCCAGGACUUUGCGCAGAAAGUUUUCCUAAUCGGCAAAUCUCUGAAUUUCAUUCGGUACGGCUGCGGCGACUCACAGUGGGUUGAAGAUUACUCCAAGGCUGCCUCAAAAGAGCUACGUUAUGGUGACACUGCGACACUCGAGACUUGGAUCGAUGAGGCAUACAAAACCACUAUGGCUCGCCUCAUACAUCUGAUGGCCGAGAAAUUCCAUUUGUUUGAGCACUUAAAGGCGCUCAAAAACUAUAUUUUAUUGGGCCAAGGAGACUUCAUUGCCCUGCUCAUGGAGUCCCUCGCUUCUAAUCUGGACCGUCCGGCAGGAGCCCAAUAUCGCCACACUCUAACAGCACAGCUAGAGCAUGCGAUCAGAGGCUCCAAUGCACAAUAUGAUUCACCCGAAGUGCUACGUCGACUAGACGCUCGAAUGCUCCAAUUAUCUCAUGGAGAUAUUGGAUGGGACUGCUUUACUCUGGAAUACAAAAUUGAUGCUCCAGUCGAUGUAGUCGUCACAGAAUGGGGUAAUCGCCAGUACCUGAAAGUCUUCAACUUCCUAUGGCGCAUCAAACGCGUCGAGUUCGCGCUGGCUUCAACUUGGAGAAAAUGUAUGACUGGAGCCAGAGGAGUUCUCCAAGGAGAGGAUGCGAAUGUGGCAGAGGCGUGGAAAUUAACUCGGGGUACUCUUGCUGAGAUGAUCCAUUUCAUUGGACAGCUACAAUACUACAUCCUAUUUGAAGUUAUUGAAAGCUCGUGGGAUGAGCUCCAGACUGCCAUUCACAAGGAAGGAUGUACGCUGGAUGAUCUCAUCAAGGCUCACACCAAAUACCUGAAUGCCAUAACACACAAGGGUCUCCUAGGUGCAAAGAAGAAGCACAACAACGAAGGGCCAGAUGAGAACACAUUCAUGGUACAGUUAGGAGAAAUCCUCCGUCUCAUGCUAAGCUAUCGAGAUGCUGUGGAUGGUCUUUACAGCUGGUCCGUCUCAGACUUCACUCGACGCCAGGGUGCAGAAGUCCGCACCGACUCCAAAGGCCGGCGUGAGGAUGAGGAUGGGAAUUUGAUCAAUACACCCGCGACUACCCGCCGUGGCCCCCACCAUCUUCACGACUCUACACCUGCAUUGGGCGCGGAUGACUCGAUUGCUGACGAGUUCCCUGUACUACGAGAAAGAUUGCAAGCAUUAGGAGCGCACUUCAAAACUAGAGUCUCUUUGUUAUUGGGCGAUUUGGCUUAUCAGCCUGAUGUUGAUAUGAGAUUUUUGGGAGUGGUUAUGAAUUUUAAUGAUGUCUAUACACCUGCAAGGAAAAAGUCGAGCAGACCAGCUGGAAGAGAACAGGGACGGAGUUCAGCGAAGGGUUGA